AGAGUAUUGCAAUGUAAACAAACGUUGGUUUAUAAAGCAGGCCUUCAUCUCUUAAACCGUACUACAUUAUAUCAUAUAUACAAGUGUGUUAACAGUUAUUCCGGUAGCAGUCGAACUGUUAGCAGUACUCUGGAAGCAUAAUGCUGUACCUCUUGCUAGUAAGUUUGGUUCCCUGUGUAAUCGCCAAACCAAAUAUAGUUCUACUUAUUGCUGAUGACCUUGGAUACGGCGACAUUGGUUGCUAUGGCAACCACUCCGUAAAAACGCCGAAUAUUGACAGCAUUGCUAGGGAAGGUGUCAAGAUGACUCAGCAUUUAACAACAGCAAGCACAUGUACACCGAGCAGAUCGGCACUCAUGACAGGACGAUAUCAAAUCCGUUCAGGGAUGGCAGCUCCAAUAAAUAUGAGAGUAAACACCUGGCCUUAUUCCAGUUGCGGACUUCCCACCUCGGAGAUCACAUUUGCAGAACAAACAAAAAAGGCCGGCUAUGUAAAUGGAAUAUUUGGGAAAUGGCAUCUUGGUCUACACAGAGAUACGUUAGGAGACUUCAAGCAUCAUCCAUUAAACCAGGGUUUUGAUUACUUUUAUGGACUAACUGGAACAAACAUUGAUGAUUUUGAUCCUGAAGAAAAAGUUGUACUUAAAGCAAGGCCAUACUGGUACUGGGAACUGUUAUCUACAUGGGCAGUUACAGCUGUAGCAUUAUUUUGUUUAUUCAGAUCUAAUUAUUUUGGACCUUUCACUUUUAUAAUGUUCUUAGUUAUCUGGUCGAUACCUGUUACAUACGUAUACUUAUUGUUUGAUAAUUACAUUCUGUUAACAAGUUUUGUUCACAGAAAUUAUGAUCUAGUUGAACAGCCAAUCAGAUUAGCGGGUUUGAGUCAGCGUUUAGUGAGUGAAGGUUUAGAAUUUAUGCAGAACGCGACAGCUGCAGGAAAGCCGUUCUUGCUCGUCAUGUCUUGGGUCCAUAUGCACGUGUCUAUUAGGACAGCUAAAGAGUUUGAGGGGAUCAGCAAGUUCGGUCGAUAUGGAGACGCGUUAGAAGAACUUGAUUGGUCCGUUGGAGAAAUUUUAAAAUCAGUUAAAGAACUUGGACUAGAAGAUAAUACAAUAGUCUAUUUCACAUCUGAUAACGGUGGACAUCUUGAAAUUACCGACGGCGGUUACAACGGCAUACUAAAAGGAGGCAAGGCUCACGGUGCCCCAGAUGGCGGAAUUCGCGUUCCAGGAAUGAUAAAAUGGCCAGGUGUUCUACAAGAAGGGAAAGUUACAGAUGAACCUACUUCACUGAUGGACAUAUAUAAUUUGGUCUCAUCGGCAACCGGGGUUGAGAUACCUUCAGACCGACAGAUUGAUGGAAGAGAUAUUUUACCUUUGCUCAAAGGAGACGUUUCGGUAUCACCGCACGAGUUCAUGUUCCACUACUGUGGUAACAGAUUACAGGCAGCCCGAUAUAGACCUCGUGACGGUAAAAUAACGUGGAAGCUGGUUACGCACGAACCAAAUUAUAUUCCUGGAAAAAAUGUCUGUUUAUUCGCCUGCAGUUGUAAUCUAGAUGUCACCUUGGCAACACCGAAACUUUACGAUAUGACAUCUGACCCUGGAGAAACAAGCCCAAUAGACAGCAGUUCUAAGACUUAUAAAGAGGUCUCAACCUUGAUCUUAAAAGCAAUGAACAAUCAUAAGAAUACUAUAGACCCAGUUGAAACACAGUUUACUUGGAGAAAAGUGCUGCCAAAGUUGACUUGGCAGCCAUGUUGUAAUGGAACAUUUCCUUUUAAUUGCCACUGUACUGAUACUAAGUAUUCAGCUUGAAUGCAAGUACGCAAGAUAUUUAUAUAGGUUUCAGUACUUGUCUUGUAGUUAUUCUUUUUUAAACCAUUUCACAAAUUGUGCAUUUUCACAGUGCUCGCUGAACUCGUGUAUAUUUCUCGAUAUGAUAAUGUUAUUAACUUAUGGUGGCUGAUUUCAGAAACGUCGUCUUUUUUGUUUUUGCCGUCGUUUCAUUCUGUCGUUGUUUCACCCACGAAAACACGAAAAGGCGAUGAUUAAGCACGCCGUUAUCGUCAUGGAAAACGCAAAAGAACGAAAUGAUGACAGGUGAACGCGCCGAUUACGGCGCAUUAAAUAUGUCGUCAUUUCGUUGUUUCGCCCACGAAACAACGAACUAACGAAACGACAAUAAAUGAUUCGGGGUUUUGUUGUUGUUGUUUGGCAGAGCACUAAUGUAUUUAACAAAAUUGCUUACACAGUAUACUCCUAGUAGACAAGGUUUGAGAUCGUCAGAAAAUUCCGGAUGUUCACAUUCUUUUGUUGUUCCAUAAAACAAGUGCAAAACAUUCAAUGAUAGAAGUUUCUGUACUAUUGGUCCAAAACUGUGGAAUGAACUGCCGUUAGAACUACGCAAAAGUAAAUCACUUGACACUUCAAAACAAAUCUUAAGACAAUGUUCUAAAUAUUUUGAUAACUGUUUUAUGUGCAAUAGCAGCAGAUGAUAGUUUUUAAAUUUUUGUAAAUGGUUUUAUAUUUCAACAUUUAUAUUUUCAAUAUUUCUUUAAUUAAACUUAGUUGUUGGUACAGG